GCGGCAUAAACUUCCAGACCCUGUUACGAGUUAAAUAAACACCAACGUAAUGCUUUAUUAAAUUAGUCGUACAGCUGACAGAGUAGAUGGCCUGCUUUUCUGAAGGGGCGUGUUCUUACUAUCUCGACUGAGAGCUCCGCUUCGCUCUGCCUCUGUAUCUGGCGAGCUACUAACUAUCUACCCAGGCAGCGACGGUUGUAGUAGUCGAAGCUGAAAAUAGCCAGCUAGCUUUGCUGCUCCCGUCUAAUCUAACUGAAGAGUCGACGAGAAUUAAAAAUGCUGGAAACCAAUCCAAAUUCAUGAACGCGCAGAAGACGUUUGCAGGAGGAAACUAUGGAAGACUGAGAGACGGGAGACAUUUUAUCGGCGGAUUUUUACCGGCUUUUCGGCCAAGCCACCAGCUUAAACAGCCUUCGCAAAAAGCUUCUGCCUCUCCGCGGAAGUCGUGGUCGGAAAAUACGGUCAAGGUACAAAGGGGCAGCGUGGUGUGAGUCCCCAUGAGAAAACCACGACGGAGGGGAGGCCUGUCCGGGGCCCAAAGUGAUGCCGCAGACACAGGUACAGCAGGUAGGGGGGCGUCACAGCCACGCUCGCUCUCUCCCUACCGGCUGAAGGUUUCACCAACCAGAGAAACCCUAACGUACGCCCAGGCUCAGAAGAUUGUGGAGGUGGACCUGGAUGGAAGACUGCAUCGGAUAAGCAUCUUUGACCCCUUGAUGGUGAUCACUGAAGAUGAGAUGACAGCUCAGGACAUUGCAGAGUGCAACAGCAACAAAGAAAACAGUGAGCAGUCAUCGGUGACCACCGCUGUCGGCUCCCCGCGACGAUCGGUGGCCCACAGGGGCAAAAAGAAAGAUGUGAAGCAGUUGUCAUCGUCUUCAUCACAAAACCACUGCUCCAACUCUCACGGACAAUCUCAGAUGCAUUCGAGUGUGAACAGCCACCAUGGCACCUUACCCAAACCCACUUUCAGAGAGCAAGAGUCUUAUGAACCGGUUGAGGCGCCUCUUCGCCCCUCGGCGUACUACCGUUACAUUGAGAAGUCUGGGGAAGAGAUGGAAACGGAUGCGGAGUAUGACAUGGACGAGGAGGACAUGGCCUGGCUGGAGCUGGUGAACGAGAGAAGAGCGUCAGAAGGCCAUCCGCAAGUCUCGGCAGACACUUUUGAACUCCUGAUAGAUCGAAUAGAAAAAGAGUCUUUCUUAGAGUCGCGAAGCCAAGCGCCCUCUCAGAGCAUCAUCGACGAAGACGCUUUCUGCUGCGUCUGCCUCGAUGACGAAUGUCUCAACAGUAACGUCAUCUUGUUUUGUGACAUCUGCAACUUGGCUGUGCAUCAGGAGUGCUACGGCGUUCCCUACAUCCCCGAAGGCCAGUGGCUCUGUCGCUGUUGCCUCCAGUCACCUUCUCGCCCCGUGGACUGUGUGCUUUGCCCGAAUCGGGGCGGAGCGUUUAAACAGACCAGCGAUGGGCGGUGGGCACAUGUGGUCUGUGCUAUUUGGAUCCCGGAGGUGUGUUUCGCCAACACGGUCUUCCUCGAGCCCAUCGAGGGCGUGGACAACAUUCCACCAGCUAGGUGGAAGCUAACAUGUUACCUGUGUAAGCAGAAAGGUUGCGGAGCGUCCAUUCAGUGCCACAAGGCCAACUGCUACACAGCUUUCCAUGUGACCUGUGCACAGAGAGCGGGACUCUUUAUGAAAAUAGAGCCGGUCAGAGAGAAUACUGUGAAUGGGACUACGUUUUCGGUGAAAAAGACUGCUUUUUGUGAGGCGCACUCUCCGCCUGCGAAGGACGGGUCGGAUGAUGAAGAGACCGGGGGGAGGGUUUUGGGCUGUCGGGCUAACAGGGGUCGCAGUGCCUACACGCAAACGCCACCGCUUAAGAAGCAGAAACGAAGCAAUAAACUGGAUUCUAAGCAGCAGCAGAAGAAAGGAAAGAAAGAAGAGAUGUCGAAAAAAGUCACAACGCCUUUGGUCACCGUCCCAGAAAUCCCAAAUCACAGAUUGAACAAAAUUGCUAAAGAUGUGAUCAUACAGAAGAAGAAUCAGUUCAUGCAGAGACUUCAUAAUUAUUGGUUACUUAAGCGUCAGUCACGCAACGGAGUGCCUCUCAUCCGUCGUUUACACUCACAUCUGCAGGGUCAGAGGAGUGCAGAACAGGCGGAGCCAGAUGAAAAGCUGAAUGCUGUGAGAGAAGAGCUGAAAUACUGGCAGAAGCUUCAUCACGAUCUGGAGCGAGCGCGACUCCUGAUCGAGCUCAUUCGCAAGAGAGAGAAACUAAAGAGAGAGCAGGUAAAGAUUCAUCAGGCUGUGACUGAGCAUCAGUUAACUCCGAUCCUGGUACUGCUGCGAUCCACUUUAGAACAGCUCCAGGAGAAAGAUACUGCAAAAAUAUUUGCACAGCCUGUCAACUUGAAAGAGGUCCCAGAUUACCUGGAGUUUAUCACGCACCCCAUGGACUUCUCCACCAUAAAAUCCAAAUUGGAGGCUCACAAAUAUCGCUCCAUCACUGACCUUGAGGCUGAUUUCAACCUCAUGAUCAAAAACUGCCUGCUUUAUAAUGCUAAAGACACUGUGUUUUACCAAGCUGCAAUACGCCUGAGGGACCUAGGGGGAGCUAUCCUGAGGCACGCUCAAAGACAAGCCCAAAACACAGGCUUCGACCUGGACACGGGCAUGCACCUGGCAGAAUCGCCACAUAAAAAUGACUACUACCGCUGCACUUUGGAAGAUGUCGACACGCUGCUAGACCCUGAUAAUCGAUUGCACAUGACAACAGAAAACCAGUUAAGGGAGCUGCUAGAUAAAUUAGAUGUGGUGACGUCCAUGCGCUCAAGUGGGGCACGAACACGCCGUAUACGCCUGCUCCGGCGAGAAAUCAACAGCAUCCGCUAUAAACAGCAGUCACGGAACUCGCACAUGCUCAAUGGAGACCUCAAAGAGGAAGACGAGGAGGAGGAUGAAGACAAGGAAAUGGAUGGUGAACAUAACCUGUCAUCAUCAUCGUCAGAUAAAGAUGACUGUAAAUCAACCCCUCCACCCAUGCUGGAGCCCACAGGCCUGGCUUUGUCCCCUCCACCAGCAGACCCCCACCAAGAACCUCCAACCCUCCGACCCAUGACAUCCGACCCCAGGACGUCCUCAUGCCCACCUAAGCGCCUCAAACUCAACAGCGAGAGCCAAGAGGCCGAUUCAGACACCGCACCUGUGAACAGCUGCACCAAAACUGAGGAUCGCCCGGCCGAGAACAAACUGAUAAACGGCCUCUCCUCCACAGAGUCACCGACCCGGCCUACAACCGGAGGGGUCGGCCGGCGGACGUCCGUCCUUUUCAAAAAAGCAAAAAAUGGAGCAAAACUCCAGCGAGAGAAAGACAAUCAGGUGCAGAACGGAAGCAGGGAGGAGGUCUUCAGCGCUGACCCAGACCUUGCACGCACACCCAACUGCACCGCCACCAUCAAGACUGAAACUACAGCCCAGCCAAAACCUUCGACACCUCCGCCCAUAUCAACCCCGGCCAAACAAAGAGCAAGAAGUCACAGCUGUAGUCCAGAGCGUGAGAUGACACCUCCUCGACUCAGUCUAGAGCCUGCUCUCACCAACGGAUUCAGAAAGCACAAAGAUGGCGGCUCUGACUCAGAAUGCAGCUCAUCUCCGACUCUCAGAGAACUUGUCUCAACCCCUAAAAAGAGCCGAGGGAAACCUGCUUUGUCCAAAGUCCCUUUUUUAGAAACUGUUAACGGAGACUCUGACUACACUGGGACUGAUGUUCUGUCAAACGGGGAUGCACCUGAACCUGAACCUCUGGAUUUGGUGUGGGCCAAAAGCAGAGGAUAUCCGUCCUACCCUGCUCUGAUCAUAGAUCCAGACAUGCCUCAGGAGGGUCUUCUGCAUAAUGGAGUUCCCAUUCCUGUGCCUCCGCUUGACGUGCUGCGCCUUGGUGAGCAGAGACAAGAAGAAGCUGGAGAGAAACUCUUCCUGGUUCUCUUCUUCGACAACAAACGCACCUGGCAGUGGCUGCCACGAGAUAAAGUGAUCCCUCUUGGCGUGGACGACACGGCCGAUAAACUGCGUAUGAUGGAGGGCAAGAAGACCAGUAUCCGGAAGUCUGUGCAGGUGGCCUACGACAGAGCUAUGAUGCACUUGAGCCGAGUUCGAGGAGAUCACGGUUUCGUCGGCUCCAACUACAUGUAGAACAGAAAGUCCAACUGCAUCUGUCCUAACGUACCACUCACAUGGUGUUUCUAAGGCGGGCUGAGAGCCAUUUGGUUAAUGCGCCAGGUACUAGACUCCUGAUCAUUCAGUUCAGUUUAGUUUAUCCAUGUGAUCAUGACACAACCCUCUCAGUCAUUUCAGAUUCAGGACAGGAAAAUACAGUGGCUUCUACCAAUAAUUAGUUUUUAUGAGGCGUCACUUUAUGGUGAGGAUGAGUCUAAACCACGUAGACUCGAGAGUUUUAGCGUUUAGGUACAUUCAGAGCAAUUAACUUCUGAAAGAUUAAUUUUAAACGAAUGAACUUAAAGAAUAUAAACGUUUGAAUGAAUCACUGCCAUUUUCUUAAGAUAGCUUUUUACUUUUUAAAGUUUUACAAACCACUUCUUGUAUAUUGUAAAGACACUGUAUAUAAGUAUGUUUUUUUAUCAUAUAGUAUCUAAUUUAAUUUUUUUUUUUUUCUCUCUUGUUUAUUGUGAAAUAAAUUGCCUGGAGGAAUGAAGAAAUGAAGGUUGUGUAUAUACGUGUAUAAAGAUUUUCAGAUGAACUGACUUCCUACAUAGUUUAUCCUGCUUGUCUUUGAUAUCGGAUGGUGUGAGUGUGUUCAUAUAUAUGUACAUUAACGGCGCCCGAUCCCGUAUGUAUGUGUAUAUGUACCACCUCACGGAUGUCUGUGGUUAAAUAUAUAUUCUCAUUUUUGAUACAAAAAAGUAAUUUAUUUAUGGACCGUAAAGAGAUAAAGGAAUUAAAUUAUAUUGGUUCAGGAUGGAAAGCAGAUCUCUUAUUUAAGAUGAUAAACUAUUGCAUAGGCUUUUAAGAUCUAACUUCACAUGUGCUUUCAGAUCCCGGUUUAGUUCUUUUUAAGAUUUCAAAGUGAAAUGUUUGAGGGAUGGUGAUGAUGACGAUGAUGAUAACAUGUUGUACACUUGCUGUUAUUCCCUUUUCACCAUCAAGCACAGAACCUUGUAUUUAUUGUAGAAAGUUGUGGAGCUUUUUGUUCACUGUUUAUAAGAUGGAACCUCUAAGAAAUUUUAAGCUUGUACAAACUGCAGAUUUUACCUACCCACCAAAUAACCUGUCUCCAACAGUAUUUUCUCAUGCGGGGAAAUAAAUGUUCUAUUGAAACUCUA